AUGCGGGACCGCGAUAGCGAGGGCCUGCUGCUGCUCACCACGGACGGCCACUUCACUCAUUUCGUGACCGCGCCCGAGAAGUCUUUCGAGAAGGAGUAUGUGGCUCUCACCUGCUGCGCCAAGGAUGGGGCGCCGCCCUCCAAGGAGUGCCUGAGCCGCCUGGUGGAGGGCAUCGAGCUGUCCGAUGGCCAUGUAGCCAAGGCGCUGGCCGCCGAGGUCGUCGCCUUCGACGGCCGCUUCGCGCGGCUUCGCAUCGUGGUGACUGAGGGCCGUUUUCGCAUGGUGCGGCGGAUGCUGCGGGGCUGCGGCUACUGCUGCAUGCAGCUGCUUCGGGUUCGCACCUGUGGCAUCGGAUCUGCAGCGCUGCGGCCGCCUUCGCUCCAGGAGGCAGCCUUCGAGGCCAACCACAAGGUCUCCCCGUCCGUGGCACCAGCUAGCGCAGCGCGGGAUCCAGAGAGGCUCUUUCCAGGGGAGUUUGCGGCGGUCACGCCGGCAGAGGUUGCCGACAUCUACAGGGAGUGCCUGGCAAAGGUUCCACGAAACAGAGGUGCGACCAGCUGGUCAACUCCUUGA